AUGGAGGGUCAAGAAAACGAACCCGAAAUCACGGAGAACUUGUCCAAGCCGAUUUUGAAGUCAAAUUUCCAUAAUGGUCUUCUGAUUCCCUUGAAUGAUGAAUCAAACACCAUUAGCAGAUCCACAGCUAAGUUACCUCGGAGAAGAGUUUCGUUUGCUCCAGAGGUUACCUUGCACAAGAUAGAUUUUGUUCCACAAUACCGCUCAGACUCGUUUGAAAGUGAUACCGCUGUGACAAGCCAACACCAGAGAAGAGAAACCAUAGCAUUUAUCCCCAGCUCAAGUGACAUCUCUUCCAAUGAGACAAACAGCUCGCAAGAUAGCGACGAGAAACGUGAUGUAGGUGUAGAUGUACUUCAGGACAGUUCAGAAGAAGAGAACGAAGAAGAGGAAGGCGAAGUAAGUGUCAAGAAACACCCGUUUGCGGCUGUAUCUGGUGAAGAACAGGCAAGUGGGGAUGAGGAUGAUCUGGCUCCAAUUCAAUCAGCCAUACCCAUACCAUCCACCUUACCCUAUGAUACUGAUGAAGAGCUUACCAUGGAAAUCACAGAACCCAUACAGAUCCAGAAACAAACCAUUGACUUGCAUGUGCGGGAAGCCCAAGACCAAUCUCACCAUACUAGUCGUGUUGAGAUCCCUCUUGAUGAAAUGUCCUCAGAUGAUGAUGAAAUUAGCGAUAACAAGGAUGAAGACGAAGGGGAAAUGGAAUUAACUGUAAAUGUGGGCAGACAAACUUUAGCUGCCAGUAACCGCGAAAGCUUCCUGGAGUCCAAGGAGAAAGUCGGUCAAAUCCAUGCUUUGACAGAGCUUGGAAGUAGUGGUGAUGCCGAGAAAGAAAGCAUAACAGAUGAAGUAGAUAUGGAAUUAACUCAGGCUAUUGGACAUUCUUCAAUUAAACAGAUGCAAAGCUCAGCUGAUGAAGUGACUCAAUCCAAAGGGAAGACCUCAGUAGAACAGAUAAAGCUAAUGGAAGAACAUAGCGAAAUUUAUCACGACUCUUUAGAUGAUUUAUUUGAGGAGAAAAGUAUGGAAAUCACCCAGCAGAUCAGUAGUAUAGAAAAAGAGAAAGAAAAAGAGGAAACCCAAAUUUCUUACAUAAGUGAGAUUCAAUUCCCAGUAUUGUUACAGAAAAAUGUUCAGGAAAAUGAGAAUGAAGGAAAGGAGAUGGAAUUUCAGCAACCUCUUAAAACAUUGUCAGGCAAUAAUGCGGAGGAUAUUGAUAAACAAGGAAAACCUGAAGAAUUUUACUCGGAAGAAGAAGGAGAGGACGAAGAAUAUGAUGAAGCAGUUGAGAUGGAAUUUACUCAACAAGUGGGGAAUAUCAAGUCUAAAUCUGAUAAAGACUUGAAGAACGAAGAUCCAAUGGAAGAAUCUGACGAAAAACCAGAGGAAGCUUCAGUUCAAGGUCAAACUCACGAGUCUGCUGACUCUGAUAUGGAGCUUACUCAACAGGUGAGUAAAGUGAAUACUCCGGCACAUGGAGAGUACAGCAAAAGAAAAGCGGAGGAGGAUAUUUCAAAUGAUUCACAACCUCAAAAGAUUUUCCAUUCUGCGACGACCUCCACAAUUCCACUAGCAGAUGUUACUUAUGACUCUAUCGAUGAAAACAGCGAAAUAUUUAAUUUGGUCACGUUAAACCAGUUUAUGAUCGACAUAGGUAUCAAGUUCUAUGAUGAUCUCGAAAUUGGAUCUCAAUCUCAAAAUAGAAUUAGUAUUUCAUUACCCAAAGUUAAGCUAGAUGGCGAGAGCGAAUUUGGGCUUGAAGAUUAUGUGAUGGGUGCAAUUAAGAUUCCUGUCUAUGAAUUGAAUGAAUUCAGUUGUAAAGAGUUACUACAAAAUAUUCAAGAGGGAAUCAAAAUCUUUGAAACAAUUAAUGAAAGUACGAGUUCAAUGAAUCCUAGAUUGUUCAAAGAAUUUUAUGAAACAAUACCUGAAGCUAAAUUGAGUAUGAAAACAGAAUUUCAACUCAUUAAAGACUACUCUAGGCAAGAAGCGAAAAAGGUAUGGUAUGGGUGGAGAAGCCAGUUAAUUCGCAAUGUUCUAGAUGAAUUAACAAAGACAAUUGAAAAUUUGAAGGAAGAUCGCUCGAAGCUAUUAUUGGGGAUUGAGCAAAUCAAUGAGGCGAAUGAUAUUGUGUUCAAUAGACAUAGACAAUUGAAAUUGAAGUUGGCUAAUUUUAAGCAAUUGGUUGCAUCAAGUGAGUCGAUCGAUAAAAAAGAUUUGCACGAUUUCCAGAUAGAGAUGAAACAAAUUCAGGAACAUAUUGGUCAAUUCAGACGAGAAUAUGCACAGCAAACACUCAACUUACGAGAAUUAAACCAAGCAAUAUUAGAGAAAGAGAAAACAAUUUCCAUCCUCAAUGCAGAAAUACGCUCCAAUACCGAUAUAAUUCAAAGAAAUAAGAAAUACGAUGCGACGGAGAUUAAUUUGUUGAUCUAUAAAUUCAACUUGCUUGAAACUUUAACUAAGUCUCGCAUAAUCAAGAACACUGAAGUUCACGGUAAGAAAUUAGUUUUUGAAUUUGACUCACUGAUUACAAUCAUUAUGGACUUUAACGACAUGAGAAGGGGGUUUUCAUAUGAAUUUAAAGAGAAAUCGCCUACAUUCAAAAUCCAAGACCUAUACUUGGCACACUCACAGAAUUUGAAUGUGAUGUUUCAAGACGAUAACCAUGACAAAUUAAACAUCCUUGAGCAAUUUAGGAGCCUAAGAAUGAUAUGGCAGAAUCUACAGAAGAUAGACUUCCUCUUGUACAAGAUAUCGUUGAAGUUCCCCGUUAAGAUUGAUAAGAAUAACGGUGACAUUAUAAUAAAAUACUAUAUAGCCGAAUUUAAAUGCAAAUUUGAAUUGAGGCUAGAAGUGGAUGUUAGAAUGCUUUUAGUCAAGAAAUUCAAUAUCAAGAUACUUCGUAUGGGAGAAUUGGUUGACACUCAGAUUGUAUUGGGAAAUUUUAAAAGGGAAUGCUGUAAUAACGACUUGGUUAAAGGAAUAGAAACCGCCUCGUGGGAAUAG